AUGGGUUUGACGAGAGUCCACCCUCUGCCCUCCAAGCUACGUCCAGCUGCCUCGCAUGAAGUCAGCGAUAGUCUGGGUGAUGUCAGCGCAGCCAAGAAGGCCGCAAAGAAGUUGAAGCAGGUGUACGAUGAGAGCAAGCUGCUGCGGGAGUUUCUGUUGUAUCUUGCAUUUGUUGCAGUCUUCUCUUUUGUCAGCUUUUGCUCAAAGCCCGGGAUCACUCAAUACCACCUGACUACGGAAGCAAAAAGUGUCUGGGGUCCAACCGACGUCAACCAGGUUGCUGACAUUUGGACUUGGUUGGAGAACACCUUUUUGACCACCACCUAUCCUCAGGUUGACUACAAUGGGGGGCUGUUGGACCGCACCAGUCGUCUAUAUGUUCUGGGUCAGGCUCGCCUGGCCGGGGGCAUCCGCCUGCGUCAGGUGCGCAGCCGCGACGUUCCGUGCCAGAUCCCGGGUAGCCUCAAGCAGGUCUACGGACAAAUUCAGCAGUGCACGUCACCGUACAGCUCCAGCAACCGGGAUCAUGAUCCGGUCUUAGCGGACCUGGCACCACCGCAGAACUUCACGCUGCCGCUUUUGUACCAAGACUACGGCGCGCUGAACACCUCCUCCUGGUACUGGCAGGCUGGCGAUUACAGCAAGUAUUCCCAGGACGGCUUCGCCCUCGACUUGAUCCCGAACCUUGGGCCGAAGGAUCUAGCGAAUCUGGUGCUAGGCUGCAGGCCAUUUUUGGAGGCGGGGCUCCGAGCCUGCAUGCAAAAGCAGGGUGUCAGUGCACCGUCAAUUUAUGGGCAACGCAUGGCACAAAAUGGCUCUCUACCCGCUCCUCUUCCAAACUGCAACCAGAGCGACCCGCUGCUCGUCCCCCCCUCCCUCGACGUAUCCCGCUGCGCGGCCGUCUGCCCCAGCAUGCCCUACGUCGGUUUCCAGCAGCUGCUCCAGCUGGCGAGCGACGCGCAGUGCGGACUGUGCGCGUGCCAGCCGGACCUCAGCCCCGUGUGCAGCCAGACCUGCAACGCUUCGGCGCUCGCCUCUCAGCAGAUGGCCCUCCUGCAAGCCAACGACUGGAUCGACCACAAAACCCGCGCGGUUAUCGUAGACCUAACCCUCUUUGAGGCGGACUACAACCUGUUCACCACCGUCCGGGUUCUCUUCGAGCUGCCGCCGUUCGGGGGAGCGUACGGAAAGCCCGUGGUGCGGACGAACCGGCUGUACAGAUACGUGACGUCAAUGGACAAAGUCGUGCUCGCGUUCGAAAUCAUUUUCUGCGCCAUGGUCGCCUGGUACACUCUGGAGGAAGGCUUUGAGCUGUACUGGGAGGGCUGGCGGGCAUACUUCUCCCAGGCGUGGAACAUCUGCGACUGGGCGAAUCUGGUUAUCUUUUACGCGGUCAUCGCGCUGCGGGUUACCGCCCUGGUCAGCCUUAACCGCUUUCGCUUGGAGGCGGACACCACCAAGUACGUCGACUUUCAAGCCAUCGGCUAUACGUCAACGCAGGAGCUCAACGUCAGCGCGCUCAACUUCUUCCUGGUCUACUUCAAGCUGUUCAAGUUCCUGAGCCGCGUUCCCCGCAUGGAGGUCAUCCUCUCGACGCUGACGCUCGCGGCCGUCGACUUAUGCCUCUUCUCCGUCACGGCGGUCAUCAUCAUGUUCGGCUUCAGCGCAGCGUUCUACGUCUGCUUCGGGAUGGAGGUGUACCGGUGGCGCACGCUGGGCGCCUCGCUCGGUUCGCUGGUGCGGCUUAUUUUGGGCGACAUCGACUACGACUCCAUGGUGCAGGCGAACGCCAUCAUGGCGCCCAUUCUGUUCUACACGUACGCCGGCGUCGUGUGGUUCAUUCUCAUGCAGAUGUUCGUCGCCAUCAUCACGGAGUCGUACCAGGAGAUCAAGGACAGCCAGCAG